AUGACAAAACGCACAAUUGUUUGUAUUUUCGUGACAAUAAUACUAACAACUGACUGUUAUAAAAUACUGGGAAUAUUUCCAUCGCUGGAUCGCACCAACUAUUUGACUUACCGUGAUUUAUUUAAAGAACUAGCAAAUCGAAACAACGAUGUGACCCUGAUCAGCCACUUUCCGAUGUCAGAUGCUCCGGCUUCGUACAGAGACAUUUUAUUAAGUGACAGACAUGUGUAUAAAGGUUUAUCUUUUGAGUCAGUGAUAGCAAGUGAAGUGUCGCGAGUGCCCUUUGAAACACUAGUGGCGACAAAAGCCGGCAACGAUGAUUGCAAAACUCUCAUGAAUAAUAAUCAAGUACUGCAUUUGAUUAGGACGCGGCCUCAAUAUGACGUCGUACUGGUCGAAUCAUUUAACAGUGACUGCGGAAUAGCAUUGGCGGCAAAUUUGAGUGCGCCGUACAUAGCAUUGAACCCGAAGCCUUUACAGCCUUGGCACUACAAUCGAUUAGGUAUCAAUUUCAAUGCAGCUUAUGUAACCCAAACCGGCUUAUCGUACGGAAAAAAUCCUUGGUUCCUAGACCGAGUAAGAGGCUACAUAUUGUAUCAUAUUACAAACUGGGUGUACUAUGUUGGUUCACAAAUCACAGAUCACGUGUACUUAUAUAAAUAUUUAGGAGACAACCUUCCGUCUCUCGAAACGCUUGCGUCAAAUGCUAGUUUAGUGUUUGUAAACACACAUCAAUCCGUUUUUGGGGGUAUCUCCAGGCCUGAUAACGUAAUAGAUAUUGGCGGCAUACACGUGAGACCUCCAAAAAUCAUUCCAACAGAAAUCGAGAGAUUUAUAAACGAGGCUCAGCAUGGUGUCGUCUAUGUGAACUUGGGUUCAACGGUAAAAGAUUCCACCCUGCCUGCCGAAAAGCUGGCUGAACUCCUCCUCACCUUCAGAAAACUACCCCACAGGGUACUUUGGAAAUGGGACGGAGCAGCCAUACAGAACCUGCCAAGAAAUGUUAUGACAAUGAAGUGGCUACCCCAAUAUGACAUUUUAAAGCACAAAAAUGUAAAAGCACUCAUCACUCAUGCCGGUAUACUGAGCACCAUUGAAGCUAUCGAUGCUGGUAUCCCUGUGGUGGCUAUUCCCUUAUUUGGAGAUCAAUAUGGCAAUGCAGCAGCAAUGCAAGACGCCGGCAUGGCGACCAUAGUGCAUUACCAGGAUUUAAAUAAAGAACAUCUACUGGGUGCAGUCAAUGAAGUUUUGGAUGCGAAGAGGCAACAACAAGCAAAGCUGACGUCCAGGUUGUGGCACGACCGUUCUUUGUCGCCUUUGGAAAACGCCAUCUAUUGGACGGAAUACGUAGCUCGAUACCAAGGAGCUCCCAAUCUUCAGCCUUUGUCGUCACAAGCACCACUAUAUCAACAAUUGCAGCUAGACGUGUUAUUGUUUGUGGCAAUCGUUGUUUAUAUCCUGUUCUACGCUUUGUACAAAAUCCUCAGAACCCUUUGCUGUUGUUGCUGUCGAGCUGAUUCCGGAAACGGCGAUGACGUAGGGGACACAAGGAAAAGAAAAAGAGUAAAAUUCGAAUGA